CUGAGCAGAUGUAGCAUCCGUUCAUAUAAUAAUUUACAUUUUUUGUUUUUAUUUUAAAGGAAAAAAAACCCCAAAACUAACGUAGUUGCCAUAAUAUAACUAGAGCGAAUGAACCAUUAUAAGCAAAACUAUUCAACUUUAUCUUUUUUAGGGCAGUACAACUCGCUGACCAGCCUCAGCUUGUCUAUUCUGAAAGUAUGUGGGGUUAAGCUAACGCAUAACAUUACUUGGCUAAUAGGAAGUUGGGAGUGAAGAGACAUGCAGCCCACUAUGGAGUAACGUAAUGCUUGUGAACUAGCAGUUUAGUCAAGCAAAUUCUUUGCAACUAGCGCCUAAAGCUUGUACCAUUAGUUUGGAAGCCAGUUGUAGAGGAAGGUCUGUUUGGUGGCUAAUGCGGGCGGAGUUAGCUUUAGCAAAAAAAGAGCAUUGCCUUUGGAGAGUCAGCUGACAGCCUCUGUAAGCUGCCAACAGACCAGUGAUGGAUCAACUGAAAGUGAAGGAUCGCAUAUUGGAAAACAUCUCCCUGUCCGUCAAGAAGUUGCAGAGUUACUUUGCAGCUUGUGAGGAUGAAACUCCAGCGAUCCGGAAUCAUGACCGGGUCCUUCAGCGUCUCUGUGAACAUCUUGACCAUGCUCUACUAUAUGGGCUGCAGGACAUCUCAUCGGGCUACUGGGUCCUGGUCCUUCACUUCACCAGAAGAGAGGCUGUUCGGCAGAUAGAUGAGCUUCAGCACAUAGCAACCAACCUUGGUCGAAGUCGUGCAUGGUUAUACCUGGCAUUAAGUGAGAGUUCUUUAGAGAGCUAUUUGCGACUUUUCCAAGAGAACCAAGGGUUGUUGCAGAAGUAUUAUUUUAAGAACGCACUAGUCUGCAGUCAUGACCACCUCACGCUUUUUCUCACACUGGUGUCUGGCCUCGAGUUCAUUCGCUUUGAUUUGGAACUGGAUGUGCCCUAUCUAGAUGUGGCUCCAUACAUGCCUGAGUACUACAAACCACAUAACCUGCUGGACUUUGAAGAAAGGCUACCCAGUUCAGACAGCCUUUCCCUACACUCCUUCACCUCCCUCACCUCCACCAACUUGGAGUGGGAUGACAGUGCCAUUGCUCCCUCCAGUGAAGAUUAUGAUUUUGGUGACAUCUUCCCCGUGUUGCAGUCAUUGCCAAGUGCAGACUGGGAAGAGGGUGAUUUGACUGAUCAGGCCAGCUGCCCACGAUCCAGUGGGUCUGAUCCUCAGACGGUCAUCAGUGACACGGUACUGCUUUCCUGCACAGUGAAGGGGAAGGUGGCGGCUCAUCUUUCUCCACACAGCCCCACAUCCAGGCACAACCCCUUCAACGAGGACUCGGACACAAAUACCUCAGCAGAUGUCACACCAGUUCAUGUUGCCAGCCGCCACAAUUCCACCACCAUUGGAGAUGAGACAGAGAUGUACAGCAGUGAGCUUGAGGUUAUCAGGAUGGCUAAACGAAGGAAGCCAGCCAAGAAACGACGAGGGAAGGGAUCCACUGAUUCCAGCAGCAGCAUCCAUAACUCCGUCUCCUCAGAGCAUAUGGAGGUGGACUACAGCACCCUCACCUCAGAGGAUGGAGAUUCAAUAAGCUACACGGCUGUGCAGCUGGACAGUGAGCAAGACCUAAGAAGCAAUAUCGGAUCAGGGGUUGUGGAGGAAGGGGUAGAAGGUCUCCUGCGACUCCCAGAAAUGGCAGACACUUCCAUGGACAGUGUUGGCCAACCCCUCCGUGAUGUCAUGGAUCGGCUUAAUGGGACUUGGGAGCACCCAGAAGAUGAUGAGAAGAAAAACACUGAAGGCUACAAUCAGACUUCAGAGCCUCCCACACAGCAGCCCUUUCGAGAGGAUUCAGAGGGCAAGCCACCUGAUCCAGCUCCAGGAGAUGGGUCUAGCCCCACUCUGGCCAAAGGCUCCGACCUCUUGCAGACCUCUUCUGUGUCUGCAGACUUAUGCUGCUUUACCACCAUCAGUCCAGACUUUGCUCACACGAGUGGUGGCCACAAUGACUCUACAGAGCAUAGCCAGUCACAGACUCUUUCAAGUAGCCUUGAAGAUGAGGGAGAAGCAAAAGCGCCAGCAGAACAAAAACCCAACAUGAAGGAAGAGAACAUACAAGAAGGAGAAAACCACAAAAUGAUAUUUACUGCUGAGGAGGCAAAAAAUGACGGGGAGACGCUUAGUCCCUCUGAAAGUUCUCAUCCUGCAGAGUUUAAGGUGGACAACAAUCACUUGCUUCUUCUGAUGAUUCACGUAUUCAGAGAGAAUGAGGAGCAGCUAUUUAAGAUGGUGAGGAUGAGCACAGGACACAUGGAGGGAGACCUGCAGCCCCUUUAUCUGCUGCUGACUGACUGUUACAUUUAUUUACUCAGAAAAGGUGCUGCAGAAAAGCCCUACACAGUAGAAGAUGCUGUUUCUUAUAACGAGCUGGACUAUCUCUCUGUUGGCCUUGAUCAGCAAGCUGUGACACUGGUUUGCACCAACAGACGAAGGAAAUUCCUGUUGGACACAGCUGAUGCUUCUCUGACUUUUUGGUUCCUGUCUGUCCUCAAGUCAGCCAUGGUUCAAGGUUGCCGUGAGCCUCCCUAUCCUUCAGUCCUGACAGAUGCAACCAUGGAAAAGCUGUCUCUCACCAAGUUUGUCGCCCAGGAGUCUCAUUGUGAGGUUUCGGAAGUUUCUAUACAACUUUACUCAUUGAUUCACUGGGAGGAUCCUAUGGACAUGACUUUGUCUCCCCACGGAGGCACACCAACCUCUGGAGCACCGUCCAGCACAAAAGAAGGGACUCUGCAGUACAGAUCUGGAACCACAUACCUCGGUAAAGAGCAAUGGAAGAGCUGCUACCUUGUUCUCAGUAAUGGGAUUUUGUACCUGUAUGCAGAAAGAACAGAUGUGACUCCUCUGUUGUCUAUAACCAUGGGAGGAGAGCACUGUGGAGGCUGCCGUCGCUCGAACAGCACAGAGCGUUCACACGCCUUCCAAGUCAUCCUGACAGAGCGCCCCCCACUGGUGCUCUGUGCCAACAAUGAGCAGGACAUGGCUGAUUGGAUGCAGCUGCUCUGCCAGUCUGUCUCUAAGGGGGUUAUCCCUGCUGGCGUGGCCCCCACACCAUGUAUUCCAUGUUGCCUGGUGAUGACUGACAAAAAGCUUCUAACUUGCCAUCAGGACUGUCAGACAAGUUUUUUCCGUUCGCUGGGCAGUGCUGAUAUCUGUGAUGUAACUACAGUCAGCCUGGAGCCCGACAAAGAGUACUGUGUAAUUGAGUUUGCAGCAGAUCGAGCCCAGUUCCUCCCUCCUUGGGUCUUGUACUUCAGCGGAUGUGAAGAGAAAGAUCGACUUCUGCAGGCAUUAGACAAAGCAUGGAAAGCCAUCUUUCAGGUUGACCUUCCCCACAGAGAAAUGUUGGAUCCAUUGGUGCAGAAGCGCUGCGGUGAGGCCCUCGAGCUGAUGAAGAGCGCUUGGCAGAGAGCUGACAGUCUGGCUCGAGGUAGAGCCCAACGUGAACCCUGGUGCUGACGGAUACACAUGCACCUUUAUAUGCGUGUACCCACUGAGAAGACAGCGUUAUCUAAACGGUUCGAUACCGUUUCAGGAUGAAGUUUUGAGAAAAGUUUUAGGUGUAACAGUUUGAGCUUCUCAGUUAGUUGAUUAACCAAUCAGUUGUUAAGGGCGGCUUGAAAUUAACCUCAGAGUCAGAAAUGUUUUAGUUUUUUUUUUCUUUUUUUUAAUCAGAAAAACCUUCUGAAGUUGCAAUGCAUGUUAAAAAUGAGACACAGUCUUCCAGCAGGUUGACUGUAUUUUAUCAGCACAUGGUAAAAUGUUAAUCCUUUUAUUAGAAAUUCUUCAGAAUUGGACACAUGCACAAAAAAUCUGUUGAAUCAUAGAAAUGGAUUAUUACAUAACUAACUAAAAGUGGGCAGCAGGUGUUGAACUUCACCGUGUAGUUUACAGAAGAAGCUGAGUGGGAAAGAAGACAAACACCAGUGUAAGACAACAAGUUCACACCCUUUACCUUGCGCACAAAGAACAAAAUCAGUAACAUCUGCUGCUCUCACACAACCGCAUGAAGAUAAGGUCCCUUUUUGCUGACUUAAUGGUUGAAAAUGUUCUAAUGAACCUUAACUGUGGUGUAAAUGUAGUGCAACAGUACAACCCUGUACAGGAUCAGUGCAUCAUCACUGACAGCUGAGUAUGUGUCUGAUAUUCAGAUUAGUUUUUUCUAAGGGCACAUACCUCUCCACUGAUUUAUUCUCACAUACACAUUGUACAGAUGCUUGUGAGAAUGGAGAUCUGAAGUUUAUGUGGCUGUUUUACACAAGCACUCCAGAUAAAAUGCUUAUGCCUGUAAUUUCUAUCUGAAAUCCUGCGUUAUCAGUUGAAAUGUCGCUGAGAAAAAAGGAUAAUAUCAGGAAGUGCAACAGAUUUGCCUUUUCUCCACUUUGUAGAAACAAAUGGAUGUUUCCAUGCAGACUUGCACAAUUUUUUUUGUUGUUUUUUGCUUUUGGUCUUUUUUUAAAUUUGUACUACUUAUGGUUUUAACUUAAAAUAAUUUUUUUCUUUCCUUCCAGAAGUAGAGGGAACAGUUGUUGCCAAAAUAAUUACAUAGUUUUGGUAUAGUCUGCAUUUGCAGAUGUCUGCUUCCCCUAAAAUGUGGGUAAGUGUUAAGGUAAAUAUUGAAGUCCUUUACAAACUGAGCUGCAUGUUGUCUUGGCUUCUCAUUUUUCUGUUGCAUCAAUGCUGGUGGCAUCACACCAUACACUAAGGUCUAUCUACUCCUCUAUUUAAGCACAUUACUUUUUGCAUUAGUCAUUUUUAAUGUUGUAGGACCAUAUCGGAAGUUCAUGAAUUCACUGCUCUUUAAGCCUAGAGCCUUUUACUGAAUGCCCGGCAUAUCACCUGAUAUUAAAGCUUUGAAGAGAACGAGAAUGGCAGGACUCUAAACUAAAGCUUUUUAGUCUCCUUAAUUGACAAUAUAUAGUAAUGCAUGCAAAACAAUCUGAAACAUUAACCAUUAUUAGACUACUGCUGCCUGUUAGUGGCAGUGUUUAAUGGCUGGCAUUACAAGAUAAGUAUGAGUUUUCUUUUGCAAGGACAAUGAGGCCUUUUUAAAUUGAAAUAGAAGACUUUUGGACUAAAUAAAAGGUUUUUACUUUUUAGUAGAUGCCCUAUACUGCAGUUCAGCUGAUUGUGAGAUCUUGCACAAUCAUAAGUUUCUGAUGUAAUUCUUGGUCCUUUGAAUGACGUGCCACUGAGUAUUCUCUAUGUAUGCUGUUAA